AUGGGGGUCGGCAGGCUGGCACCCCAAACACCGGAAGAGCUUUUCAACCUUAGACACUCCAAGGCAAUGAAUGUCAUCGAAAGAUCAUUCGCGGUGCUGAAGAUGCGCUGGGGAAUCCUCAGGUCAGCAAGCUUUUAUCCAAUAGAUGUUCAAACUGGGCUCAUAAUCGCAUGCUUCCUUCUACACAAUUAUAUACGAAGUCAAAUGGUAGUUGAUCCCGUCGAGGCUGAGCUGGUUAAUGAGGCCGAUAUUGAUGAUGAAAAUGCCAACGAUCCCGUGUUAUGUGCUGAUAAUAUUAGUAGCGUGGAACCAUCGGCAACAUGGACCCAAAAAAGGGAUGAUCUUGCAAGGGAAAUGUGGGGAGACAGAAACAAUGGGCAAGUUUGA